CCUGUUCCCAGCAUCCUUAGCGGCGGCUAAACAAAAAUGAACUCGGCCAUGUCGUGGUCGUAGCUAGAUUUGUUCACGGAUCAUAUGCGUAACAUUCGAGUUCAUGUAAUGUAGGUUGAAAGCUCCAGCUCAGAAAUAACACAUCUGGACUCUCUUUGGACAGAAAACAGAUCCCGCUGAAGUUAAUAAAUUAUCUGCGAAGAUGAGUGGUGGAGGGACGCCGUACAUUGGUAGCAAAAUUAGCCUAAUUUCUAAGGCCGAGAUUCGCUAUGAAGGAAUUUUGUACACAAUUGACACCGAAAACUCGACAGUAGCACUCGCUAAAGUUCGCUCUUUUGGCACUGAAGACCGACCCACUGACAGGCCUUUUCCACCACGAGAGGAUGUGUUUGAAUACAUUAUCUUCAGAGGGAGUGAUAUAAAAGACUUGACAGUGUGCGAGCCACCCAAAGCCACAAGCUCUCUGCCUCAAGACCCUGCCAUUGUUCAAUCAUCACUUAGCUCCACAAAAGCGACAACCUCAUCAUCAUUCCAGUCUGCAGCGUCCUAUGUACCAUUCAGCCGGGCCUCGGUUCCACCAUACAGUCAGUUUGGUGUUACACCGCUCGCAACUCAGUCGUUUGCCUCAUCUGCAGCAGUAGGACCCACUAGUCCCCAGUUGGAGCCUUUAACAAAGACCCCCACCUUGGAACAAACAAGACAGGCUCCUCCGUCUGCGGCCCUGUCACUCUCUACGUCUAUGGGUCAGAGGAACCAAACAGCAUCAGCAGCGACUCGAUCCACCAGUACCGCUGCUGUAAGCCAGAAACCUCCAGACCUUCUGGAGCAGAGAAAGGUUCCGGAGGUUAAAAAAGUGUCACAGCCGGGUACUGAACAUGGCGCUGUUGAAAACCGAGACCCCAACAAACGUCAAGCCACAGGUGCUCAUUCUGGCCGUCGUGGCCGUGGAAGAGGAAGCCGCAGCCGAGGCAAAUUAAACAUGCGCAGGGAAGGCACCAUGAAGUUUGAAGAAGACUUUGACUUUGAGACUGCCAACGCUCAGUUUCACAAAGAUGAAAUCGACAAGGAGCUCCAGAUCAAGCUCAAACUGAAAGAUGACAAGACUGAAAAGCCUUUGAACGGAGCUGAAGCUGCCGACAGUGAUCACCAGGCCAACGACAGGACCACUGAGGACGAGGACGCCGUGAUAAACACGUGUUACUACGACAAGACCAAAUCCUUCUUUGAUAACCUGUCCUGUGAUGAUAUGAGAGAUCGAAGGCCAACGUGGGCUGAAGAAAGACGGAUGAACGCAGAGACGUUCGGCAUCCCUGUGAGGCACGGCAGAGGAAGAGGUGGCUUCCGUGGCCACGGUGGCAGCAUGGGGCCCCGCGGGGGCCGGGGCCGACAGUCAAGCCGAGGAUUCUUCGGACCUCCCCGGAGCACCCCACCUGGUUACAGAGGCGGCUUCAAAGGAGGCCGAGGAGGCCGUGAGUUCUCUGAUUUUGAGUACAGGAAGGAAAACAGGGUGUCUGCAUAGUAACAUCAGCGGCAGAAUGUUAAGGAAAUGUAGCCCUUCAUCGAUUCUUCAGUCUCAACGUUUGAUAGAACGAACAGGCGGUCUUCGUCACCAGCACCAGAGCUGACUGAGUGCAGCUUCUUUGCGCUUUAAGUUUUUUGUUUUGUUUUGUUUUUCUUUUUGUGACAGACAGGACCUUGUGUUUGUACCUUCCUCUGGAGUAAUUCUGUAUUUUUGCUUCAGUAGAGUUCAUUUCUUCCUGAACUUUGAUAGUGAAAGCUGUUUGCAGAAAGCCCACUGAUACUGUGAGCAUUCAGGUCACAGGUCAUGUGACCAGUAGCUUUAUUUUUUGAUAUAUUGUUCAUGGUGUUGGAUUUUGGCACCGCGAUUCGCUGCAUUGCCUGUUGCACCACUUGAUGGUUUUCCUGCUCAGACCUGAUGGCAACUGGAUAGUCUGUAUUUUUUAUUUUAAAUUUUUUUUUUUUUUAUGUUUCAGUGUUUUUGUACGUGCUUCAUUUAUUCUGACAGUGAGACAAAAGGCAACUAAAAUAAACAAUCUGAGUUGAAUAUUGUAAUGAUUGUACAUCAUCUCACCAGAUAUUUGUUUCUAAAAGUGUAAAAUGAGUUUUACCCCACAUUGGAUUAAUAAUGUUUAUACUUUAUGGUUGUAGCUGCACGUUUGGCGAUUUCUUCUCCUUAAAUUUAAUGAGACCAAUGUUUUGGUCAUAAUCUGCAUCAGCUCUAGUGUUAUAUAAUGGUUUUUGGUUUGUUUGUUUGUUUGUUUUUAGUCUGCUUGCUAAAUAAAAAGUACUUUCAUGUUUGUUUUUUCACAUUGAUAGUACAUCCCGUAUAAGGUCAUUCUCGUGUUGAACUUAAGCCUCAAAUUUAUUUAGUCUUUAUUUUCCCCUCUUUUGGAUCAAUAACUGAAUGCCGUGCUGUUUGGUAGCUCUUAGCAUUAUAGUUCUAAAGUUUUGUUCCAUUCAUUCUUAUUUUGUUUGUGUUGUCAAUUUUAUUUUAUUUUAUUUAUUUAUUUUUUUUGCUUUGUCUCUUUAAGCUCAUAUUUUAACUGAAAAAUUAAUUUGGCCACUUACUAAAAGUUGGAAAUGUAAAUGCAUUGAUGAUUUAAAUAGCGUUAGCUUUGAGUUUGACACAUUUGUGCAUGUUAUGCAUUAAUGUAAAUGUACUUUGGUUUUUUUGUUGUUUUUUGUUUGUUUUUUAACAUAAUGUGGUUACCAGUGUUUCAGGGAGGCAUUUGGCUUUGAUUUAUGAGUACUUUAGGAAUACUUUGUUUUCCGGCUCUCCCUUUAACUGAAAGGCUAGCUUCUAGCUUACCUGAUGGCACUACAAUUCCUACCUGUUCAGCAGCGGUCAAUGCGAACAUGAGUACAUCCCAGUUCAGAAUGCGCUGUUUAGCUGCAUCCUGCACAGAUGGCUGCGGGAAGCUUCCUUUUAUACCAACACAUUGACCAGCAAAAUUUUAUUUCAGACACCAAACAAACAACAAGGAUAUUCUAGAGAUACUCAGAACUGACAAGUUUUCAUAUGUUUGUUACUCCUGUUCACUGGAAUUGUGACCCAGAUAUUGUUUUCUUGAGAAUAUCAGCAAAAUGAAGUUUUUACUUGAGAUAAAGAGUUGUAUCAUA